UAUGCGGGGUAUUGUGAGUGGUUUGUAGCUGUCUAGCUGAAUGAUUGGAUAAAUGAACAAUAAUGAUGGUCUCUCCAUCGUUCUCUCUGCCUGGCCCCCGUUACAUCUCUCACUCCUGUCUCCCCACAGGAUGGAGGUGGAGGGCUGGGACUCUGGUCUGGAGGAGGAGCUGGGUGUGUCUCUGGAGGAGCUGAGUAAGUGGAUUGAGGAGGAGGUGGAGAGGAGCGAGGCAGUCCGCCAGAGGAAGGCCCAGCUGGCUGAGCUCAAAGAAUGGGUGGAGCAGAAAGAGAAGGAAGAGGAGGUGGUGGACAAACUCUUCAACAAUGCCAACCAGUCCAUAGUGGAGUGUGAGGCUCUGGUGAAGUCCACCUACAGUAAAAUGGGUCUGGUCUACAAGGAGAGCUCUUCAGAGGAUGAGGGUGGAGUGGGAGGGGUCCAGUCCUCUGAUGUCAUAGAAAUUGACGAUGAUGAUGACGAUGAUGAUGUCAUCGCUGUGGGCUUACUGGUUCCACCCAAGAAACCUGGGAUACCUGUCCAUGAUGCAAUGUUUAAGGAGGCGUCGGCAGCUCUCCAGCGUUCCUCCCAGCAGGUGUUGAAGCUGGCCCAGACAGUCAACAAGAACUCUUCUUCCGGGCCUGCUAUACAACAGCCAGGUGGCCCAGUGCCCAUGCCAGCAGUGUUUGUGUCCCAGGCCACACCCAGAAACACACCCACCCAGCCUAACCCCUCCCUGAAGGAUGAUGAAAUCAGACUGGAGAUGAGUCUUCUGGGAAAGAAACGCACCAAGACCUGGCACAGCGGAAUGCUCAUCGCCAUCAACCCUGUCGGUAAUGGUUACAGUAAGUACAAGGUGAAGUUUGAGAACAAGGGGAAGAGUCUACUGUCUGGGAACCACAUAGCGUUUCACUACCACCCCACCCUGGAGAGGCUAUACGUGGGAGCCAGGGUGGUCGCCAAGUACAAGGACGGCAACCAGGUCUGGCUCUACGCUGGCAUCGUGGCAGAGAUGCCCAACAACAAGAACCGCAUGAGGUUCCUGAUCUUCUUUGACGACGGUUAUGCCUCCUACGUGACCCUGCCUGAGCUCUAUCCUGUCUGCAGACCAAUGAAGCGUACAUGGGAGGACAUAGAGGAUGCAUCGUGUAAAGACUUCAUAGAGGAAUAUAUAACGUCAUACCCCAACAGGCCCAUGGUGCUGCUGAAGGCGGGCCAGGUCAUCAAGACAGAGUGGGAGGGGACAUGGUGGAGGAGCAGAGUGGAGGAGGUGGACGGCAGCCUCGUCAAGAUCCUCUUCCUGGAUGACAAGCGUAGUGAGUGGAUCUACCGCGGUUCAACCAGGCUGGAGCCCAUGUUCAACCUGAAGACCAACUGUGCCAACACCCAGGAGAAGAAGAUGGCUGGCCAGCAGAGGACACGCCCCAGCAUGGGAGCAUUGAGGACCAAGGGCCCCGUGGUCCAGUAUCACAGUGGGGGGAACACCAUAACCCCCAGUGGGACCCCCACUAAAUCCCCCCAUCCCCUCUCCCCACCCUCCUCUAUCCCUCCUACACCCUCCCAGCCCAAUCAGCUUGCACGAACAGAUCCUAAGUAUCAGAUGGCUAAGAAGAGUACUUCUCCAUACAUUCCCACGCCAGGAGGCUCUCGCACUGGAUUGGCCAGUAAUAGCCACGCCCCUAAAGCCAUGCAGCCCCAACCUCCAACUGGUUCUCCUGGAAACUCAUCCAGGAAUCUAUUCGUAACACUACUUCACUCUCGCACCCCCCUCCAGAAUGUAUGUCCUUCAGACUGGCAACAUCCAGACUCUCACGUCCCUACAGCCUAUCCAACACCAGCAGCAGUCUCUGCCCCUCCUCCCCAAGCCCCUCCCACUGCCCCCGCACCUGCAGUGACCCCAUACACCUUCAGUAAUGACCGGAUUCCCCACGAGCCCUCGUACCGCGCCCCCACAGACCGCAUCUUCUACCUGCCUCACACCUGCCAGCCUGCUUGUCUCAACCGUAUCCGGCCCUCCAGACCAGAUAUGCACCGGGGCAGGAACCCCCUGCUCACCCCUCUACUGUACGAGUUCAGACGCAUGACGGGCCGACGGAGAGUCAACCGCAAGAUGUCGUUCCAUGUGAUCUACAAGUCUCCUUGUGGGCUGUGUCUGCGCAGCAUGGCAGAGAUCCAGCGCUACCUGUUCCAGACGCGCUGUGACUUCAUCUUCCUGGAGAUGUUCUGCUUGGACCCCUAUGUCCUGGUAGACCGGCGCUUCCAGCCCCAGAAGCCUUACUACUACAUCCGAGACAUCACCAACGGCCGCGAGGACAUUCCCCUGUCCUGCGUCAACGAGAUCGACAUCACACCACCCCCCGACGUGGCCUACAGUAAGGAGCGUAUCCCUGAAGACGGAGUGUUCAUCAACACCAGUCCUGAGUUCCUGGUGGGCUGUGACUGUACCGACGGCUGCAGGGACAAGUCCAAGUGUUCGUGUCACCAGCUGACCCUGCAGGCCACAGCCUGUACCCCUGGAGCACAGAUCAACCACACGGCUGGAUACACACAAAAGAGACUGGAGGAGUGUUUGCCCACCGGGAUUUAUGAGUGUAAUAAGCGUUGUAAGUGCUGCAGUCAGAUGUGUACUAACCGUCUGGUGCAGCACGGUCUGCAGGUGAGGCUGCAGCUCUUUAAGACCCAGAACAAAGGCUGGGGUAUCCGCUGUCUGGACGACGUGGCCAAGGGGUCCUUCGUCUGUAUCUACGCAGGUAAGAUUCUGACAGAUGACUUUGCGGACAAGGAGGGUCUGGAGAUGGGUGAUGAGUACUUUGCUAACCUGGACCACAUAGAGAGUGUGGAGAACUUCAAGGAAGGGUAUGAGAGUGAGGCCCACUGUUCAGACAGUGACGGGAGCGGGGUGGACAUGUCCAGGCUGAAGAACCCCCCCUCGUCCUCCCUGGCUUUGCAGAACAAGACCCUUCCCAAACCCCCCCAGAGAACCAAUGCUGCCAACCCCGCUGGCAAAGCGCGGGGUGCUGGUGGCGACUCCUCUAAGGAUGGGGAUAGUGAUGAAGAGUCAAACAACGACAAAAGUUCAGACGACACGUUUGUGAAGGACCCCUACUACAGCUCCAGCUCUGUGUGGAGGAGCUACACCACCCGUCGCCAGGCCAAGGGCGUCAUGGAAGGGAGCCAGGACAGUAAGGAUGGGAUGAGUGUGUCAGUGGGGGGGAAGGAGGACAGGAAGCCACCCCCCAUGCCAGAGGAGAGUGGGAAGAGUAAAGUAGCGUCCUGGCUCACCAACCAACCCUCUACCUCCCAGGCCACCGUUAAGAUGGAGGGACUGAAGAUCGAGAAGAAGGAGCCCGGAGACCAGAAAAGUCAACAAUCAGUGAAGACGGAGGGGGGGAAGAGACAGGAUGUGAUGACGCUGUCGGACAGUGAUGACGUCCAGACAAUCAGCUCUGGAUCUGAUGACAACAAGGAGAGAGAGAAACGCACACAGGGUGAAGAUGGGGGAGGUGCGGUGAAGAGGCAGGUGGCUGUGAAGUCCACGCGAGGCAUUGCUCUGAAGAACUCCCAUGGCCUGAUGGUGAAGACUGGAGGGGCUGGGAUGGGGCCAGGGGGAGGCCCGGGGGGCCACGGAGGGGCACAGGGUAAGGGUGGGGACGGGGGAGACAGUGGACCUAAAAACACACGGCAGUUCUUCGAUGGCGAGGAGUCCUGCUACAUCAUCGACGCCAAGCUGGAGGGCAACCUGGGGCGCUACCUCAACCAUAGCUGCAGUGCUAACCUGUUUGUCCAGAAUGUGUUUGUAGACACACACGAUCUACGUUUCCCCUGGGUAGCCUUCUUCGCUAGCAAGCGUAUCCGGGCGGGGACAGAGUUGACAUGGGACUAUAACUACGAGGUUGGCAGUGUGGAGGGAAAGGAGCUACUGUGCUGCUGUGGCUCAACAGAGUGCAGAGGAAGACUGCUAUAAGAGGCCCUCUAUACCUCCAUCUCAUCCCUCUAUUUCUUCAUCUUAUCUCGGAGUGCAGAGGGAGUUCUGCUGGAAGAGACCCUCUAUACCUCCAUCUCAUCCCUCUAUUUCUUCAUCUUAUCUCGGAGUGCAGAGGAAGACUGCUAUAAGAGACCCUCUAUACCUCCAUCUCAUCCCUCUAUUUCUUCAUCUUAUCUCGGAGUGCAGAGGGAGUUCUGCUGGAAGAGACUCUCUAUACCUCCAUCUCAUCCCUCUAUUUCUUCAUCUUAUCUCAGUGCAGAGGCAGUUCUGCUGGAAGAGACCUCUAACUCCGUCUCCUCUCUGAGUGUAGAAGAAGCCUGCUAUAAGAGACCUCUAACUCCGUCUCCUCUCUGAGUGUAGAAGAAGCCUGCUAUAAGAGACCUCUAACUCCGUCUCCUCUCUGAGUGUAGAAGAAGCCUGCUAUAAGAGACCUCUAACUCCGUCUCCUCUCUGAGUGUAGAAGAAGCCUGCUAUAAGAGACCUCUAACUCCGUCUCCUCUCUGAGUGUAGAAGAAGCCUGCUGUAAGAGACCUCUAACUCCGUCUCCUCUCUGAGUGUAGAAGAAGCCUGCUGUAAGAGACCUCUAACUCCGUCUCCUCUCUGAGUGUAGAAGAAGCCUGCUGUAAGAGACCUCUAACUCCGUCUCCUCUCUGAGUGUAGAAGAAGCCUGCUAUAAGAGACCUCUAACUCCGUCUCCUCUCUGAGUGUAGAAGAAGCCUGCUAUAAGAGACCUCUAACUCCGUCUCCUCUCUGAGUGUAGAAGAAGCCUGCUAUAAGAGACCUCUAACUCCGUCUCCUCUCUGAGUGUAGAAGAAGCCUGCUAUAAGAGACCUCUAACUCCGUCUCCUCUCUGAGUGUAGAAGAAGCCUGCUGUAAGAGACCUCUAACUCCGUCUCCUCUCUGAGUGUAGAAGAAGCCUGCUGUAAGAGACCUCUAACUCCGUCUCCUCUCUGAGUGUAGAAGAAGCCUGCUGUAAGAGACCUCUAACUCCGUCUCCUCUCUGAGUGUAGAAGAAGCCUGCUAUAAGAGACCUCUAACUCCGUCUCCUCUCUGAGUGUAGAAGAAGCCUGCUAUAAGAGACCUCUAACUCCGUCUCCUCUCUGAGUGUAGAAGAAGCCUGCUAUAAGAGACCUCUAACUCCGUCUCCUCUCUGAGUGUAGAAGAAGCCUGCUAUAAGAGACCUCUAACUCCGUCUCCUCUCUGAGUGUAGAAGAAGCCUGCUAUAAGAGACCUCUAACUCUGUCUCCUCUCUGAGUGUAGAAGAAGCCUGCUGUAAUGACACACUAUGCUAGAUGGGACACCUGCACCCACGAGUCUCUGUCCAUGUUUCUCUUUUCUUCCUCCCCCUCUAUCUUUUUUUCUGAAUUGUUUGGCUGCCUAUUGCUGACGUAUUGUAAUUCUUUACUGUUUUGUCUGUAUGCCCAGUUGUCUGUAUGCCCAGUUGUCUGUAUGCCCAGUUGUCUGUAUGCCCAGUUGUCUGUAUGCCCAGUUGUCUGUAUGCCCAGCUGUCUGUAUGCCCAGUUGUCUGUAUGCCCAGUUGUAUUUGACUGUCUGUGAAUUCAGACACAAACUGCUCUUCUCACAACUGAAUAAAAUCCUGUUUUCUACACA